UCGGACAUCACACGCAUACGCACAAUGAGCUCUGUCUUUGAACUGAAAACACUUCAUUUCAUGCACCGGAUUUGAGCAACCACGGAUUCUUGCUCCAUAUGAGGAAGAAAAUCUUGAAAGCACCUUGUCUCCUCUUGAGUCUGUUCACAAGUUUGAAUCUCUGCUCCGGAAAAUUUGGGACGCCGAUAACUGAUGAUGUGAGCAAGCUGUCGUUAUUGACGCAGAAUAUCCCCUCUGAUUAUGAGAUUCCUGUUAGUUAUAUUCCCAAAGAAGUGGCUGGCACGUGCUGGGUGGUGUUGAAUAUCUAUCCUUUGGAGCAGAGUCUUCGAAAGCUAGCCAACAUGUUUGGAGCCAUUUCCUCCAACAAAGAAAACAUAAUUGUCUUUGUUGCGAUGAUGAAGAGUUUACGCUUCACCUUUGACCACGAGGAACUGGAAACAGCGAUGCAAGUCUUCCAGUGUCACUAUCGGGAAGGGAGCUUAAUGUCUGGUCUUUACUUUGACUACAUCAAAGACGUCUUACAUGCCGCCUCUCAAGGAACAUCGGGCUUCUCGUGCAAGCCGCCACCGUGCCUUAAUCCACAACAAACACCAGGUGGUCAAGAGGAGGGUCGAAAGAACAGCUGGUCCAACAGAUAUCCCUUACUUCUGGCUCUCAUCCCCUUCACCGCUUGUGUUAUUAUCAUAGUGUGGCUGGUCAAGUCUGGGAGGCUUUUACCAGUCUGCAACUCUGAAAAUAGUCAAAUGGCACCUUCUGACACGAUCCCGACUGUGUCUAUCUCCAUCCCACUUCAAACACUCACCCACGCUGCUGACACUCAGCCAGUGGGGGAGGCGAUCCCUGAACAUGAGAGCAGAUGAAGCAUGAUUAAUAGAAAAAAAGGGAAAUCUGGACUGCAGAAUAACAACUCGCUCUCCAGGUUGUUCUGUUAUCCUGCUGGAUAAACAAGUGUUUUCUGACACUCUGUCUUUGCUUUCACUCAACUCCAGUGCGUGGACCCGAGCUACGAGAGAAAACUCACCUGCAUGCGAAGGCGGGUGUGUCACAAAAGCCCCCCAGGCACUUCUAGCACUUAACCACCCAAAGAGGUUUUUUGGGACCAGAGGAAGAACUCACUACACAAUGGCUGGUUAUGUGCCAAAAUGGCUGGUUAAGUACAUUAAUUGUCUCGUCUUGGCCAGUGUUUAACAGCGUUUGCCUUCUCCGAGCAGACCGAGUUGGGUUUUUUUUCAUUCCUGCCACCCUGAACCGUUGCCAUUCAGGGUGUUGUCGUGCUCCAGUUUUGAUUUGCGCUCAAAUGUAUGGCCGGAGCCUCGAAUCAAAAAUGUUAUUACACUGUUUGGAAGACGUUCUGAGAUGGGACACCUGUCAUCAAUUUGUUGGCAGGUGUUUACGGAGAGAGUCCUUCCGCUGCUAUGAGUCAACAGCAAAUGCAUUGGGUGUAUAUGCAAAGAAGCACAUUCCUAUCAAUACUGCUUAUUGUUAAUGCGUCAGAAGUUAAAGGGUGAUUUAAGUUGCAUUUGAUCUCAUGCAGCUUGUCUUGUUAUUGACAUUAUUCAGAUCUGUCACAAAUUACAAACCUGCUAGUCACAAACAACACGCCGAGCACUUCAACAAGCGUUCUACUUUGUGUAUGAAAGAUCUGACCAGAUGGCUGAUAGCCAUCGCCAGAGGCCCCUUUGAAUCCUGCCAUUGUAUUUCAAAGCUGUUGCUCAGUGAUCUAUAGCUGCUGCUGGCCACAGUGUGUGUGUGUUUUUAAUGCCUUAUUCACUGAGUCAAUCAUGUUCAGUCAUGAGAACAUGACUCCCCGAGUGUGAGCGCUCUUGUACUGUAUGUGUCAGAGAGAGGGAGCGAGAGACAGGACAGACAGGAUGAGGGAAAGUGAGGGAUAGGGAUGGAUAGAUGGAUGGAGGGAUGAGCUCAGUGAGAAGCAUAAGGAGGACUUGUUCUCGCCACAAAAGAACUGGCCGUAGGCUGGAGGAAAUGCCAGAUACAAACACGACUGAUGUCGGCAGAUCCCAAUGAGUCGACAGGCUAAGAAUCUUUCUAGACCACAGGCUAUGUAGCCUCAUCUACAGAGGAUGGUUAGUAUUUAAAUACGUUUUCUGUAUUCAUAUGAUUUACUGCCAAAACACAUCAAUGAAAGGGGAAGAUAUACCUUUAUUAAUAUGCAUUAGACAAGGUUUACAAAUUGUUUUAUUGUCUUUCUGGUGACCAAUUUGUAUAAUUUUCCUUUUUGUAUUUUGUGGAAAUGGAUGUGUAUUGUAUGUGAAUUAAUUAAGUUAUUUUGUUACAAUAUAAAUCACUUACAACAUGUAAUGAACCUUUUAUUGUAAUUCAAGUCAUGAAUGUACAGAGGAUAGACAAAAUACUGUGAACAUUCUGGGAAAACACAUUUUAUCCUUAAAGUAACUAAAUCAUCAUUGCAAAGCGUGCUACAGUGGCGGACUAUAAUGAUGAUUUGGUCAAUGCCCUUUUUUACUAAAUAGUUACAUUACUUUGUCUAACCCCUGCAAAUGGCCAAUGAGCAAACGCCUGUUGUCAGUAUUACUGUAUGUGUAUAUGUCCACAAUGUAAAAAAAUAUAUAUAUUGGUGCAUCAUAUUGUUGUCGGCAAAACAGUGAUGCAUUACUUUUCAUUGCCAUGGCUAUUCAUUGCAAAAAUAAU